AUGGUGCAAGGUGGUGAGAAACUGUGGCACAGAAACCACGGCAGCAGAAUCAAAAGCCUGGUGUGGGAUGGUGCAGUGAGCUUCCUGGCCCACACAGCAAGAACCUUCUAUUAUGAUCCUGAUCAGAGUGGGAAAGGCUGGGGCUGCUGCCUGGAGAAUUGGGUGGUGUCUGAUACCAGCUGCUACUUUACUUCUUCUGAAAGGAAAACUUGGAAUGAGAGUGAGAAGAACUGCUCUGGGAUGGGAGCUCAUCUGUUGGUGAUCAAAGCAAGGAGCUCUCAGCAACUAAUAUUACAGAAGCUGGAUAGAAGAUUUGCUUAUUAUGUAGGGCUGUCGGUCCCAGAAGGGAUGCGCCAGUGGCAGUGGGUAGAUCAGUCACCAUACAAUGGAAGUGUCACAUUCUGGCAUCCAGGUGAACCCAAUAAUCCUGAUGAGCGUUGUGUCAUAAUAAAUUAUACUGGAAAUGAGCGCUGGGGCUGGAAUGACAAUCAUUGUCAUGAACCUGAACACUUAGUUUGCGAGUUGAUGAAGAUCUACUUAUGA